CUCUCAGCGGUCUUUCGUACAGAGCAAAAAAGCUCGCGUGCGCCGCACAGCACACCACCCACGUACGACACAAUACCUAUCUACGUACCUAUUGACCAGAACUCCAAAGACAAACGUCAUCGCGAGAGAUCAAUUUUAGCUUGCACGGCAAAGCUCGCUUCGUCUCUGGACGCAGAUCCAGUUGUGUAUCCAAGUCAACCAUAAUAUCGCACUCAAUUGGCAACCACUAAACGUUCGAGCUAGAUAUCAGCUGACCGAAUGUUUACGCUGCUGAUGAGGAUUCAAUAUAAUCAACAACAACAAAAACAACGUCGUCGUUGUCUUCGUCUCGGUUGUACUUUAGCCCUGUCAACCGAUUUUUUUCUCAUUCGGUGCGAUAGAGACAACAAGUUGACUUGUAUUUAGUGCCAAGUAUUUACAAAUUGCAUAAGUGGCCAGUGUUCGCUUAACAGUGCAAUAGUGUAGUGAGAUUAUCCACUAAAGGCAAAACCAUGACUAUCGCUGCCAUGGAGAAACUGCGCGAAUGUGGCUGGUAUCUGACGGAACAUGGAUUCGACUUAGUUAGUGAUUAUGGAAGUAUUAUAGAGCCACAAAAAAUCAUAAAACAAGCCAUUGAGUUUGAUUUAAAAGAAAUCAGUAGUGGUGAGGGUGAUUUAAGUCAAGGAAACGUAGUGUUACAAAUUCAAAAGCAACGUAAUGUAGCUGCUCCUAAAAAUAAUGAAGAGUCUCGUGGUGCUCCGAGAAUGCUAAAGAUCUCAUUUACUGAUGGCAAAAAUAGUUAUCAAGCUAUUGAAUUAGAACCCAUAUCAUCUAUUAGCUUAAAUACACCUCCGGGUACAAAAAUCUUAAUAAGGGGUGGGUCGCUAAUAAUGUCACAUGGAAUGAUUUUAUUAAGGCCCCACAAUAUUGUACAAUGUCUUGGAGGAAAAGUUGUGAGUCUUGUAGAAAAGUGGGAACUAAACAAAAAACUUGCUUCUCACAGUAGAGUAAGACCAGUUGAAGAAGGAGGACCACCGCCAUGGAUUCCAUUUGGAAAAAAAAUAGUCAAAAUAGCAGAGCAAGGUAAAUUCAAAGCUUUAGCUGAAAAAGAAAAAGAAAAAGAAGAAAAUGCAGAAUUUGAAGCACAGCGUAAAAAUGCAAUUGCUGAAGCAGCAAAGCAAGGAAGUAAGAAAGUUUUUGGUGGAGGAACUAAACAACUACUUGAUCACAGUGUUCAAAAAAUUGUUGAUCAGGGGUUUACGAUAGAACAAGCAGAAUAUGCUUUAAAAGUUAAUCGGAAUAAUGUUGAUAGAGCACUUAAGUCGUUACAAAGAUAUGAUAAUAAAUUGAGCAGUAGUGGUGUUCGUGAACCUCGUGAACCUCGUGAACCAAAAGGCAAACGAGGUGACAAGAAAAAUGAAGAAGUUUCCAGUAAGCCAAGUAGUGGUAAAAUAUCUCUCUUUGAUUUUCUUGAAGAUAAACUGCCAGCUCAGGUUGAAAAUUUAGACAUUAAUAAUUCACAUUAUGAUAAACAUGGUAAAGAUCGUUCCGACAAUUAUUCUGAUCGUCAUUCCAGAAGUAAUGACCACCAACAAUCUGGACGCGGUGGAGGAAGAAAUGCUCGUGGUCGAGGCUAUCAAAUACCACCGCGUCAUCUUGAAAAUAAUCGACCGAAUAAGUUCAACAGUAUCAGCACUACUAGCACUCAUGGAGGAACUUAUAAUACAACUCCUCCAAAAAGUAACAAACCACCACGUUUCCAACGUAAUCAGGAAACACAAAAUUUCCAUUCUCAGGCGUAUCAACAGCAGCAACAACAUCAUCAAGAACCGAUUGGAAGUUAUAGCAAAUUUCCACAAAUUAAUGAAUUCCACAGCAUGCCUCCAUUCUCUCAGUCACGUCAAGAAUCGUCAACUCCUAGAGAAUAUAGCUCCAAUAUGUCUCAAAAAAAUCAUCCAGAAUAUCAGUCUAAAAAUCAACAAAGUUAUCAAACACAAGUCAUUCAGAACAGUAGAAAUCAAAAUUAUGGUAAUAAUGCUCAAACAUACCAAUCCAGUACUAAUACUUUGGAUAGAAAUUUUGGAGCGAAUCAAUCAAAUCAGUUUUAUAAGACAGCCAAUGAUAAUUUUGAUUACAACUCCAUGAUUGGUGGAGCAAACACUUCUCAAAAGAGUAGUAGCUACUACAAUAGUAAUUUCAAUAAUGAGGAGCCCUUAGGAGGUACAUGGGUUUGGAGAGUUGGAGAUAGAUGCAUGGCCAAGUAUUGGGAAGAUAAUAUGUAUUACAAUGCUGAGGUAACAGCGGUAUCAAAAACUACCUGUGUUGUGUUAUUUAAAGAUUUUCAUAAUUAUGAAGAGGUGCUUCAAAUCGAUUGCAUACCAAUAACUGAAGAAAAUCCAAAUACUCAAAAUCAAAACGCCAGUGGUUUUGACAAUAAUCGACGAUCCGAUCAGCAGUAUCGUUCGAAUAAUCGUCCUCCACGCUUUGAACAAAAUCAAAAUAAUUCCAAUUCGUCGGAGUAUCGCCGUGGUGGUGGUGGAUCAAACAAAAACAAUAGACGUCGCAAUCAGCAGCGCAGCGCGCAGCCGAUUUACCAACCACCAGCUCAGCGCGGAAAUGUUGGUACCGGUAAUUUUAGCGAUACAUAGGAGCUUGACAGCACGGCCGCCGCUGGAUAGCACUAUCGGCUCUUCCCCGAUGAGGUGGCCGGGCUCUUCGGGCUUCAUGGACUUAGUUAAUGGCUGACUGAUUUUACCGAUCGAUCAGCUCUUGUCAUUACAAAAAUAUAUACCGAACUCCGCGGGGAGAGUUUGGUGCUAAGAGAUCACGUCGAAUAAUUUUUAGUGUAAAAGCGUAUAUGACAUUGUUAUGCAACUUUGCUGUACAUUUCUUUUCUCACAUAAACUAAAGAUUUUUUUUCUAAUACACAUUCAAAAGUAUCUUUGAAGAUACAAUGAUAUUUACAAAUACUCGUUAAAAUAUUGAGCAAUAUCCUUUUUGGUAAACUAUCUACAUCUUUUAAAUGAAUUAUUUGCACUAGUAUAACUAGUAUGAAUGAUGAAACUGUUUCCAGCGGAAAAUUAACUAAGUUUUAAGACAUUAUUAAUCAUAAAAUUACUCUUUGUAUAACUAAUCAUCAAGCAUAAUGUAAUGUUAACGAAAAAUAAGAAGUUUUCUAGUCAAUUUUGUAAUACUGAAAGUUUCAGUGUUUUGUUCAAAUCAAACUUUUUAUUUAUCUCUGAAUUGUAAUAUUAUACUGUUGCGCAUUGCCAUUUGCGUCAGAAUCGGAACUUCAAAUGAUACAACCAUUUUUCAAAAAAAUAAUUUAAUGAAAAAUGUAUAAUAAUCUACUAAAUUUCCACUAAUUAAAAAUUAAAACAAAAA